AACAUACCCGUGACCACUGAAGAACACAAACACUGGUUUUCUGCAAUACAGGCUGGCUCACACUCCAAUGCUUCUUCCUCAAUCACACGCUUCCAUUUCUCAACUCUAUUCAAUUCCCAAUUUCUAAAACCCUAGAAAUUCAAAUUCACAAUCCAAAUGUAACAACACACACACACACACACACACUUUCACCAAAAAAAAAAAUGGAACUUUCUUAUUCUGCUAUCACUCUUUUCUUCUUCUUCUUCUCCUUCGUAGCUUCAAACCCUUCCGAUUCAUAUUUCAAAACAACCUACGAUCGUCUCUGCAACACCGUCGUCCCUGCACCAACAGCUCCGUUCAAUGCCGAAACCUCCCCCCGUCUGGCCGAAUUUCUCCGAUUUCAGUCCGGUUACUUCUCCGGCGGCGAUCCAAUUUUCAACCGAUCAACUGCCGAAAGCCUCGCAAAGCAUGUCUUCUUUCACGUGAACUUCGUCCGGAAAACUUCCACCGACGGAGUUCACAAAUUGCAGGCGCAACUAGUUCUCCGGCAUCGAGAAGUUGUAGACCGCACUCGUCACAGGUCGUUGGCGAUGGUUUAUCCGGGACGUAGGGUUUCGCAUUGGCGGGUUUUGGGGAUGAAUGUUCAUCUCAAUGGUUUUUGGUCACAAUCUUCUGGUAAGCUUUGUAUGUUUGGAACUGGAAAUUAUGGUAGGUUCAAUAGGCAUAAUGUUAAUGUUGUUCUUAAGCUUAGUUAUCCGAAUGAUGUUUCGCUUUCGAGUAGUUUGAUUACCGGAACUCUAGAAACCUUUGAUGAUAUGAAGAUUGAACCCAUUUCAAUAUUGGCUUUAUCUCAGAGUCCAAAUUAUAGCUUUAAAAUGAUUGAGAACAAAAAUGAUAGUGGUUGUGUACCUGGAGCGGCCGGGGAGAGUUUGAAUCUUAGUAAUCUGAAUCAAGGUGCUUGCAGUGUGUUUUCUGGACAUAGGAAUAGGUUUCGGCUUGAAUAUGGGAGUAACUGCCAUAAUGCUAGUUGCAGUCCACUUGGUGGUGGUGGUGAUUUUGAGAACUUGCCUGGUUUCAUGCAUUUCUAUCCUACUCGGUGUGUGGAGAAGCGGAAGAUUCAUAUGAUGUUGGGUUUUCCUAACAUGGAUUACAAUGAAUAUGUGUUUCCGUUUUAUCCAAAUACAACGUUGAUAUCUGAGGGGGUAUGGGAUGAGAAGGAGAAUCAGCUUUGUGCAGUUGUGUGUCGGAUUUUGAACUUCACGGGAUCUCCUUAUGUUGGAGAUUGCUCGAUUAAGCUCACGUUAAGGUUUCCUGCUGUGUUGUCUUUGAGAAACAGGAGUACUGUUUUUGGCCGGAUAUGGAGUGAUAAACUUGUUGGUGAAUCAGGCUACUUUGGUAGCAUUGGAUUUGAGGGUAACUGGAAGGCAUCAAGAGUUGUACCUGGUUUACAAUACAAGUAUACUGAAAUUGACAGAGUGAGAAAGUCUUGUGGAGAAAAGGUGACUGCUAGAGGAAAAGAAAAGAAGUAUCCAGAUGGAUUAACUUCUGAUAUGGCAUUCAGCUUGUCUGUGACAAACACUAAAGGGCAAGUAACUCAAGGUUACUCGUCGCCACUGUUUGUUGGUGAUCAAAUAUAUGACAGGCAGACUUAUGGGGUUCCAUUUAUGCCGACAAAUGGGAACUUGAAAGCACACAGUUUUCAGUUCAGCAGUUCAUUGAAUGUCAGUUAUGCAAUAACCUUGAACCAUUUUAAGCUUGGUAGUCAAGACUCUGAAACAAAAAUUAAAAUUAAUGCUGAAGGAUUGUACAAUAGGAAAACUGGAGUUAUGUGUCUAGUAGGAUGUCGGCAUUUGAGAACAAAUGACAAAAUACUGAUAAAGAACGAUUCUCUGGACUGUGAAAUCAUGGUUAAUGUCCAGUUUCCUCCAAUGAAUUCAAAAGGAGGUGAAUCUGUUAAAGGGACUAUAGAAAGCACACGACAAAAGGUAGACCCCUAUUAUUUUGAGCCCCUUCAGUUGUCUUCAUAUUCUAUUUACCGAAGCCAAGUAGAUGCAUCCAUUUGGAGAAUGGACUUUGAGAUAAUUAUGGUAUUGAUAUCAAACACACUUUCUUGUGUGUUUGUAGGAUUGCAACUCUUCCAUGUGAAAAAGCACUCAGAAGUACUUCCUCACAUUUCCAUUGUGAUGCUUCUUGUUAUUACUCUAGGUCACAUGAUUCCCCUGAUGCUGAACUUUGAAGCCUUAUUCAAGGUGAAUCAUAAUAGUGUGCCGGAUGCUUUUCUUGGGAGUGGAGGGUGGCUUGAAGUGAAUGAAGUCAUUGUGAGGAUGGUGACAAUGGUAGCUUUUCUUCUAGAGUUGCGUCUUGUACAGUUGACCUGGUCUUCAAGACAAGGUGAGGAAAGCCAGAUAAGCUUGUGGGCUUCCGAAAAAAGGGUUCUUUAUAUGACUCUACCAUUGUAUAUUGGAGGUGGCUUGAUUGCUUGGUUGGGGCACGUAUGGAAGAAUUCUAGCCAGAAAAGUUCUCGACCGCUCCAUCUUUCACGCCAUAGGUCCAAGUUUCCUCUUGUUGGACAACAUUCUUAUCAAGGUCCUUCACUAUGGGCAGACUUCAAAUCUUAUGCUGGUUUACUCCUGGAUGGCUUUCUGCUUCCACAAAUUCUGUUCAACUUAUUGUCUAACUCGGGAGAAAAGUCUCUAGCAUCUUCAUUUUAUUUUGGAACAACCAUUGUUCGUAUACUUCCCCAUGCAUAUGAUCUUUAUAGAACUCACAGUUCUUCAUGGUACCUUGAUAUGUCAUACAUAUAUGCAGACCAUGGAAAGGAUUUUUAUUCAACAGUUUGGGACAUCAUAAUUCCAAUUGCUGCUCUUUUGUUCGCUUUCCUCGUAUACUUUCAGCAAAGAUUCGGAAGCCGCUGCUUUCUUCCAAAGAGGUUCAGAGAAACUUCUUCUUAUGAGAAAGUACCUGUUAUUGGUAAUGAUGAUUUGUGAUGAUAGCCUAAUAUUGAUUACAUUUUGUAAAAUGAUAUUAUUUUUAGCAUUGGAAGACACUUCUUGCAAUGACAGAUAUACAGUUCACUCUAACAGAGUUUACACGAUUUUGUUUAAUCUUUUUUUUUUUCCUGCUGAUUUUAUUUUUAAAGAGAAAGCUAACAUGUUGAUGAGGACUUGUUAUUUCUGCUUCGGUCAUAUAAGUUUUGCUCAAAGUUUCCUGCUAUGAGACAAAACGCUGUUCAUUUGAGCAGUUGGCAAGUUAAAAAACUUGAUGCAAGUUAAAACUUGAGGUGCAUUUAACAAAGUAUCAUUGUAUUUGUAUUUAUAAGAAUUUUGUCAAGUUAUAAAUCAAUCACAUAUAGCUUUUUUCGAAAAAAUAAAAUCAACUGUGUAUGUUUGGUUCCACUUUUAGAGUGGAGAAAAUUAUUUCUAGAGGUGUUGAAUUGAUUUUGACUAGUUUAAUUUUUUAGAGUAAAAUUACUUUUGCCUCCAUAAUUUAUUCUACUUGAAUAGAAAUUGCAAUUUUUU